GUGGUGGUGGUGGUAGUGUUGGCGGCAGUGGCGGUGGCAGCAGUGGCGGUGGCGGCGGUGGCCGGCAGCAGGGAGGCAGGCCCAGCUGGGGACCCAGAGCCGGCGGCUGCGCCUCGCAGGGGACCAGGAGUCCGUGGCCAGGCCCUCCCACGGAGGCCCUGCACCGGGCGCCCCCGGGACACCCCACCCUCCUCUGCCUUCCUCUUCCACCUGCUCCUCUCCAUCCUCCCCUCCCUCCUCCUCUCCCUCCUCCCCAUCUCUCCACCUCGCCGCCUGCCCCCUUCUCGGCUCUCCGGGUCUCCCAACACCCCGUCCUCCCCAGCCCCUCCACCCCUCGGCUUCUCUCCGCCCCUAGCAUGCUUUUCCCGUGGGGGCUGAGGGCUUGAGGACUCCAGGCCCUUGCCUCAUCCAGGGCAGGGCCAAGGCUCCAGGGGGGAGGGGGGAAGGGGUGGCCCCCUCCCCCCAAUCAAGCCCUCCCCUCCCCCACUCCUCCUGAUGGCCGGCUUCCUUGUCUCCAGCCAGUCCUCGCCCCCCGUGGCCCCCCCAGGCCGGCCCGGCUAGGGGAGGGGGCGGGGGCCCUUUCCUGGGCCGGCUUCCCCCUCCCCCGGCUUUGCCUGUGCCCCCCUCCCUUCCGUUUUCACCUUCCUCUCCUCCUUUCCUCCCUCCUUCCCCUCCAUUUGCUCCUUCUCCCUCUCCUCUCUCCCCUUCUCUCCUCCAUUUUCUCCUUUCCCCUUCCUCCCUUCCCUGGCCCGCCCUCUCCUCUUCCACCUGUCCUUCCUCCCUGCUCCGGGGAGCCCCUGUUUUGGAUUAGUUGGGGGCCACUGCCGGAGGCGGGGGAGGGGGCCCCGUGGACUGCCCUCUCCCCCCCGCCCCCGGCCACACCACCACCCAGCGCCAGAGCAUCUCCCCGUUGUCUUUCUCGGGCCUCGAGGGAGCCCAGCCCUCCGUCCCACCAGGAUCCGUGGCGAGUGGGGGCCGCGGCAGCUGCGUCCCCAUGAGGAGGGGAGGAAGAUGCCGGCUGAGCUGCUGCUGCUGCUGAUUGUUGCCUUCGCCAGCCCCAGCUGCCAGGUGCUCUCAUCACUGCGCAUGGCUGCAAUCCUGGACGACCAGACAGUGUGUGGCCGCGGCGAACGUCUGGCCCUGGCUCUGGCCCGGGAGCAGAUCAACGGGAUCAUCGAAGUCCCAGCCAAGGCCCGGGUGGAAGUAGACAUCUUUGAGCUUCAGCGGGACAGCCAGUACGAGACCACGGACACCAUGUGUCAGAUCCUGCCCAAGGGGGUCGUGUCUGUCCUGGGGCCCUCGUCCAGCCCUGCGUCUGCCUCCACCGUGAGCCAUAUCUGUGGAGAGAAGGAGAUCCCCCACAUCAAGGUGGGUCCCGAGGAGACACCCCGCCUGCAGUACCUGCGCUUCGCGUCCGUCAGCCUGUACCCCAGUAACGAGGACGUCAGCCUGGCCGUCUCCCGAAUCCUCAAGUCCUUCAACUACCCCUCGGCCAGCCUCAUCUGCGCCAAGGCCGAGUGCCUCUUGCGGUUGGAGGAGCUAGUGCGUGGCUUCCUCAUCUCCAAGGAGACGCUGUCGGUGAGGAUGCUGGAUGACAGCCGGGACCCCACGCCGCUGCUCAAGGAGAUCCGCGAUGACAAGGUGUCCACCAUCAUCAUUGAUGCCAACGCGUCCAUCUCCCACCUCAUCCUCCGUAAAGCUUCAGAGCUGGGAAUGACCUCAGCGUUUUACAAAUACAUCCUCACCACCAUGGACUUCCCCAUCCUGCACCUGGACGGGAUCGUGGAGGACACCUCCAACAUCCUGGGCUUCUCCAUGUUUAACACCUCACAUCCCUUCUACCCCGAGUUUGUGCGCAGCCUCAACAUGUCCUGGAGGGAGAACUGUGAAGCCAGCACCUAUCCAGGUCCUGCGCUGUCGGCGGCCCUGAUGUUCGACGCCGUGCACGUGGUGGUGAGUGCCGUCCGGGAGCUGAACCGCAGCCAAGAGAUCGGUGUGAAGCCGCUGGCCUGUACGUCGGCCAACAUUUGGCCCCAUGGGACCAGCCUCAUGAACUACCUGCGCAUGGUAGAGUAUGACGGGCUGACCGGGCGGGUCGAGUUCAACAGCAAAGGGCAGAGGACCAACUACACCCUGCGCAUCCUGGAGAAGUCCCGGCAAGGCCACCGCGAGAUCGGGGUAUGGUACUCUAACCGGACCCUGGCCAUGAACGCCACCACCCUGGACAUCAACCUGUCGCAGACACUGGCCAACAAGACACUGGUGGUCACGACCAUUCUGGAGAACCCGUAUGUCAUGCGGCGGCCAAACUUCCAGGCCCUGUCCGGGAACGAGCGCUUCGAGGGCUUCUGCGUGGACAUGCUGCGGGAGCUGGCUGAGCUGCUGCGCUUCCGCUACCGCCUACGGCUGGUGGAAGACGGGCUGUACGGGGCGCCCGAGCCCAACGGCUCCUGGACGGGCAUGGUCGGCGAGCUCAUCAACCGGCAGAAGGCAGACCUGGCUGUGGCCGCAUUCACCAUCACAGCCGAGCGGGAGAAGGUCAUCGACUUCUCCAAACCCUUCAUGACCCUGGGGAUCAGCAUCCUCUACCGAGUGCACAUGGGCCGCAAGCCCGGCUACUUCUCCUUCCUGGACCCCUUCUCCCCUGCCGUGUGGCUCUUCAUGCUUCUCGCCUACCUGGCCGUCAGCUGCGUCCUGUUCCUGGCCGCCAGGCUGAGCCCCUACGAGUGGUAUAACCCACACCCGUGCCUGCGGGCACGCCCCCACAUCCUGGAGAACCAGUACACGUUGGGCAACAGCCUCUGGUUCCCUGUAGGGGGCUUCAUGCAACAAGGCUCGGAGAUCAUGCCCCGGGCGCUGUCCACACGCUGCGUCAGCGGAGUCUGGUGGGCCUUCACCUUGAUCAUCAUCUCUUCCUACACGGCCAACCUGGCUGCCUUCCUCACCGUGCAGCGCAUGGAGGUGCCCGUGGAGUCAGCUGAUGACCUGGCAGACCAGACCAACAUUGAGUAUGGCACCAUCCAUGCUGGCUCCACCAUGACCUUCUUUCAGAACUCACGGUACCAGACGUACCAGCGUAUGUGGAACUACAUGCAGUCGAAGCAGCCCAGUGUGUUUGUCAAGAGCACGGAAGAAGGCAUCGCGCGUGUUCUCAACUCCCGCUAUGCCUUCCUGCUCGAGUCCACCAUGAACGAGUACCACCGGCGUCUCAACUGCAACCUCACCCAGAUCGGGGGCCUCCUCGACACCAAGGGCUACGGCAUCGGCAUGCCACUGGGCUCCCCGUUCCGGGAUGAGAUCACCCUGGCCAUCCUGCAGCUUCAGGAGAACAACCGGCUGGAGAUCCUGAAGCGCAAGUGGUGGGAGGGGGGCCGGUGCCCCAAGGAGGAGGAUCAUCGAGCUAAAGGUCUGGGCAUGGAGAACAUUGGUGGCAUUUUUGUCGUGCUCAUCUGUGGCCUCAUCAUUGCCGUCUUCGUGGCGGUCAUGGAAUUCAUAUGGUCCACACGGAGGUCGGCAGAGUCCGAAGAGGUGUCGGUGUGCCAGGAGAUGCUGCAGGAGCUGCGGCACGCGGUGUCCUGCCGCAAGACGUCGCGUUCCCGCCGGCGCCGGCGCCCAGGCGGCGCGAGCCGGGCCCUGCUGUCGCUGCGCGCGGUCCGCGAGAUGCGCCUCAGCAACGGCAAGCUCUACUCGGCCGGCGCGGGCGGGGAUGCGGGCGGCGCGCACGGGGGCCCCCAGCGCCUCCUGGACGACCCGGGGCCGCCCGGCGGGGCCCGGCCCCCCGCCCCUACGCCCUGCACCCACGUGCGCGUCUGCCAGGAGUGUCGGCGCAUCCAGGCGCUGCGGGCGUCCGGGGCCGGCGCGCCCCCGCGUGGCCUAGGCGCCCCCGCCGAAGCCACCAGCCCGCCCCGGCCGCGGCCAGGCCCCGCAGGCCCCCGCGAGCUGGCCGAACACGAGUGACCACGGGCGGAGCCGGGCUGGCGGCGGGACUGACCGCAGGGACGGAGCCCGGGCCGCCCCCGCUUCCCCAGCGGGCGAGGGACGGGACUUGUGCCCCGGUGCUCCGGACGCCGCGAUUUUGCCUUCGGCUCACGGUGUCGUCCGAGGCCCGGCUCCGGAGCCUUCCUGCGCCCCCUAGUGGACUUGCCAGAGGGUGCCGCGGACCCCGCACUGCGCCCCCCCACCCUCACCCCCCCUGCGGACAGGAGGAGCGCAGGAAUCGAGGACUCUGGGGGCCGGGGACUGCGGGGCCGUUCCGGAAGCGGAAAGCACUCCGCGAGGAGAGCCCCAUCCUGGGACUGCUCAGGCUCCCCAAGACUUGACACAGCCCUCCCCACUUCUGGAGGACGGGAGGGCCUCUGGGCAUAUGGGUGUCCCCUGGCGCCCCUCAACUCUUCUCUUUCUCUCUUUUUUUUGGGGAGAAACCUCGGAAUUUCUAUGAGACACCCCCCAGGGAGGAGGUCAGUUGAGCCCCUGUCCCUCCCCCUGCCACACCCCAGUCCCUGUUGGAAUAAAAAAAGAACAAAACCCCAAAAACUGGGGAUACCUGGGUCUCAUUUCCUGGAGGUAUGAGAGCAUUAAAGGCUCGGGCUCCCCAGGGAGUCUGCUGAGAACCACA